AUGGCGGCUCGCGAAACGAUUAGGACUGCCUCUGAUGGUCAUUCGACGUCACCACCGUCCACAUUUACCCAGCCACUACAUAUUCUGAUUCCGGCCAAGCCAGGGUCCGAUCUUCACCUCGACAAUUCAGUGCCAUCUCGUUUCGUUCGAGUGGUAUUUGAAGCGCUACCGCUGGCUGGUACCUCACCGGAUAUUGAUGGCAUCAUCCCAGAUAACGAGCAGUCAUUAUUACCGCCUCUUCCCUGCACUGACAGAUCACAACUCACUCCUAGCGUCCUGCGGUUUCUUCUUGGGCGCUAUGAUCGUUGUAUUAAGCCUCAAUAUGACAUUGUGGUACCCGGACUCUUGAAUCAUGACGGGUCAAGCUUCAAGAAGCUACCAGACCCUUCAAAGUUCAAGAUUCUCAUGGCGUGUGCUAUUGCUGCCGCUCGAGAGGCCUAUGCAACUCCGAACUGGAAGCCCCUGGCACAGAUCUGCCGUGAAUGGGCCAACGAGCUAGUUACACCCAUCAUCUCUGCAGGAGACAGCGACACACUGACAGCCAUUCUACUUCUCCUCGUUUAUGAGUUGGCAGACCCUAGCAGAGGUUUCGCCUGGGAACUUCUUGAUCUUGCCGCGAGGACAUGUCUGCAGCUGGGAUGGCACCAGGCCCCUCUCAUUCACCUACCAGCCGGAACCGAGCAAGACCACAGCAUGCCUAAUGCUAGCGGUCCAAUAUCUUGCGGGCCCGAUGAAAUUCGCUUGAUGUCGGUUCUUAAGGAAAUCGAAGGCAGACCCAAUAUGCUGAGCGGUUCGAAACUUCCAACUACCUCGGAGAACGAGACUGUACACAAUCUUUACGUGCAAGUUUCUGAACAGCUUUACGGUCGAGGGCAAGUGUAUGAGACUCAAGCCUGUCCUUUUGUAGGUGAAGUUGGCACGUUGAUGGAGCUUCUCGACACCGUCCAAACACAACAUCCAGUGGCCAAGGAGACAUGGCUCGCCUUCCUUCCAGUAUGCUUCAAGCAUAAACAGUGCAUAUUCUGCUUCCAAGAGGCCGACGAGGACAAUGUCAGGGGGAUGAGAACCCUGAGACGUAAGGUUGUCUCUGCCGCAUCAGGACUCGUCUCGAGCGUUCAUCAAAGUGCCAUUUCGGACCGGUUGCUCCAUCGCAACGAGCAUCUCAAAAAGGUGGACACCGGCACAGACUCAUACAAACGACCUUAUCAGAUGCACCGAGAUCCUGACCAUGUUCGCGCCACACUGGAAAGGUGGCAAGGAUUACCUUGGUGCCUGGAGAACAAUUAUUAG